ACAAUGAAACAAAGGGUCGCGAAGUAAAUAGGAAUUCACAAAUCGUCAAAUAUUCCUGUGCCCAACCUCCCACUGACAUUUGUCAGAUGCUUCCCAUUCUAUCAGCCUGAUUCUCUGAAUUAAAACGCGCACACAAAUGCAGAAACUCCUGACAGAAUCAAUCCAAAUUUACUUUCUGUUUUGUGCUGGUAAAAAAUGCACCUGACAAUCAACUCUAUUUGAUUUGGAGCAGGCUAUUCUUUUCCCAUGAACAACGUACUUGAAAGGCAACAUUCCUUCACCAGUUGGUACCAUUGAAAGCGAUAUAUUCACUAAAUCAAACUUUAAGAAAGGUGACACUACAAUUCUUUAAGACAUGUGACAGUACAAAGAAUAUUUCCUGAAAUAUUUACCGUUGAUUAUUUAGUAUGAAGGGAACAAUAAUAACCUCUCUCAAAACACAAAGUAUUGGAGGAACGCAGUGGGUCGGGGAAAUGGACGGUCAAUGAUCCGGGUCAGGCCCCAUCUUCGAUUGAUUGCAACUGCUGCGUCCCCCGCUGCCUUCCUCCAGCACCGUGUAUUUAGCUUUAGAUCGCAGCAACUUCCAUUAAUAGACCCCAGCAGUGAAGAACAAAAUCGUACGAGGUUUCCAAAUAAAUAUAUUUCGUGUCAAAGCUUAAUUGCAAGACCCCAACCUAUGUUGCAGAGUGAAUGAUCCUUUUGAGUGAAUGGAUCUUUUCAGAUAGUAACAAGGAUUUUCAGGGCACAAUGCCCUCAGUACGUGUCUGCUUUGACUAUCAAAGUUAAAUGCUGAAAACAAAUCGAACCGUUAUUUGCAGGAAUUGGGGGUUAUGAUUGUAGACCGUUAAAUAUUUAGGGGAGCAGUCCAGCUUUAAGAAUUACAACUGUAGUUAUUGAAAAGAACUUGUCGUGUCGCUGUCUACCAAUGAGAAGCUCCAGUGCACAGAUUGAUCCUUUGCCCCUCCCACUGCCCAGAACAAAAACGUCAGACGCGACGAGAAAGGCGAGCAGUGGCCGCGUUUUGGUGGCAGAAUAAAGCAGAGAAGGAUAGAUUUACCGUGUGUUUCCUUACGGCUUUCAAGAUAUGUGAUUUUCUUUAUCUUGUGGUAAGAACAUUUUUACGGAUCACCCGACGAGAGGCGUGGUUUUGGACAUUAGCUGACUGCGGAACAAUGGCGUACAAAAACCAAAAAACGAGGUUUGCCUGCAAUGUGUUUGCGUGUAUGUUACUGGUAUGUGCACCGGAUCUAAUUACCGGGCAACUUCGUUAUUCUAUUCGCGAAGAAAUGGCAGAAGGCGCUUAUGUUGGAAAUAUCGCUCUAGAUCUGGGUCUGAACGUACGGCAAUUGUCGGCUCGCAAGUUACGACUAAGCUCUGAUGACGGAGGACGGUACAUGAAGGUUGGUUCAGACAAUGGGGUAUUAUCUAUUCAUGAAAGAAUCGACAGGGAACGUAUUUGUAGGCAUGCAGAUAUGUGUACCAUGUAUUUUAAAACAAUACUGGAAAAUCCUUUGGAGGUGUACCGCGGGGAAGUAGAGAUUCUCGAUAUCAAUGAUAAUCCUCCGAAUUUCGGAGACGGAAGCAUCGCCUUGCAGAUAUCUGAAGCGAUUGCACCCGGAGUACGUUUCCGUCUUGAGAGCGCGGAAGAUCCCGAUAUUGGAAUAAAUACCGUCACCGCCUACACAAUCAGUUCCAAUGAGCACUUUAGUCUAAAAACGCAUACAACAGAAGAUGGUAUUAUGGUAGCCGAGUUACUGUUAGAGAAAUAUUUAGACCGAGAAGUCCAAUCAUCAUAUCAACUCUUGCUUGCAGCGGUUGACGGUGGGAUCCCUCAGAGAUCAGCCACAGCUCGGGUUCUCAUUACUGUAGUGGACAUUAAUGAUAAUCCACCAGUGUUCGAUCAUGAUAUUUACAGGAGCAGCUUAAGUGAGAACGCUCGGCAAGGUGCCAUUGUGAUGAAAGUCAAUGCAAAUGACGCGGACGAAGGAAUGAAUGCGGAGCUAACGUACACUUUUAGUGAUGUUGCUUUGCGAAGAGCGCGUAAUUUGUUCAGUUUAGACCCAGAUAGUGGGGAGAUCCGUGUAGAAGGACCGCUGGAUUUUGAAGAAGCAACUAGCUAUUCUCUAGAUAUUCAAGCUGUAGACCACGGUUCACCUGCAAUUACUGGACACGCAAAUGUGCUGAUCAAAGUCAUUGACGUGAACGAUAACGCACCCGAGAUUAAGGUGACAUCAGCUUCCAACAAAAUUCCGGAAAAUGCUCCACUAGGAACACUCAUAACGUUCAUUGAUAUUAUUGACCGUGAUUCUGGAGAGAACGGCCAAUUCCACUGCGAGAUACCGAAGAACGUCCCAUUUAGAAUACAAGCAGCAUCGAAAUUGGUUACCAGUGAAACGUUGGACCGUGAGGUGAUUUCUGAAUAUAUAUUAGUAAUUACGGCAUGGGACUUGGGGUCGCCUUCACUGACAUCUAAUAAAACUAUCCGAAUUGCUAUCACCGAUGUAAACGACAACGCCCCGCGGUUUGCUGCAUCCUCCUACAAUGUCUAUGUGAUGGAGAAUAACGCUCCGGGUGCAUCAAUUUUCGCAUUAACUGCACUAGAUGAUGAUCAGGAGCAGAACGGCUAUAUUUCUUACUCUUUUGUGAACAAUCACAUCCAAAACCUGCCGGUAUCCUCUUACCUGACCAUCAACCCCGUAAAUGGAACGAUUUACGCGCUGCGUUCCUUUGAUUAUGAGAAUUUCAAAAACUUCCAGAUCAAAGUACAAGCCCGUGACGCCGGGGUGCCUCCAUUAAGCAGCAGCGCCACAGUGAAUGUGAUCAUCCUGGAUCAAAAUGACAACGCGCCGGUAAUUGUUUCACCUUCAGAAGAGAGUGGAUCAGCAGCAGCGGAGGUCGUGCCCCGGUCAGCGCGUCAAGGUUACUUGGUCACCACAAUAAUGGCAACCGAUGCAGAUUCUGGUCAGAAUUCGCGGCUCUUUUACCAGAUGACGAAAUCUACCGAUGCCACUUUGUUCAACGUUGGGCAAAAUUCCGGCGAAAUCAGAACAGCACGGAAUAUUUUGCAGUCCGAUAAUCCUUUACAAACUCUGGUCAUCUUGGUGAAGGACAAUGGGCAGCCAAGCCUGUCCAGUACAGUUACAAUGAACAUAAGAGUUUUGGAGAACAGUACUGAAGGAAUCACCGAAAGCAGCACCUUGAUGAAAAAUCCAGAAUAUUUCGCUGAUCCAAAUGUUUACUUAAUCAUCAUAUUCAGUUGCACUUCCGUUGUCUUUCUUCUGAUCAUCGUUCUGUUGAUUGGCAUCAAGUGUAAACAGGACAGAAGCAUUAUCCAAGGGUACAACACCCCCAAUUAUUGUUACAAUCGUGGAGACUUGCACGGCACGCUUAAUGGAAGACCUAUCAUGGAGGAAACUUUACGCUAUCCCGGGACGGGCCGGGUGGUCCGCGUGCCGGAACCGCAUCAAUAUUCGGUCUGCCUGUCUCCAGAGUCAGCGAAAAGUGAUUUCCUCUUCUUGAAGCCAUGCGGCGCUCCCACGUCUCAGGCCUAACGAUGUGUAACCUCAAGUAAGACGCACCUUAUUUGGGGCCAUUUAAUCUCAAGGAAUGUGAAUUCAUUCGUGAAUUAAAUAUUUAAGAUUAUAUUAUUUUGUGCAAUUUCGCUUUCAUUUAAAUUGUGCAUUUGUUGUAAUGGUAAAAUAUAACUUUUAGCAAAUAAAAUACACUCGGCUGAGUGGGAAU